CGGCACAUUGAAACUCGCGUGAAUUCAUGCAGUUCUCAUUAUUAAAACGAAGAAUUACCAGGGAAUUGCGUACGGAUAACGGCAUUCCAGAAACGGGUAAUUCGGAUCUGAUGCGAUGCGGUAAUGCCCGCGUGUGGAGUUUGUCUUGUUAGUUUACUCCAUAUGAUUUGCAUCAUCGAGAUGCUGACGUAGAGUGAGUGAGAUCUGGCUUGUGUAUGGGGUAUUUAUAUAUAGAUCGGGAGAUAUCUUGGGACUGUUCUUGGCAUUUAGAAUUCACUUACAUGUUUACAAUUGCUUCAGUGUAAGAUAGCAACCGUGACAAUGGUUCAUCAGCACGGAGAUCAUCAUAAAAUCCCCGCCAAGCACCGGAUUCACAAACCCGGAGCAUGGCUUCCCGCCGAUCAUCGCGUGCACAGAGAGUACAUGCGCCGCGUCACAAAGCACGCCGACGAGAACCCCAAAGAGCUCGUCCCCGUUCUUCAAGAGUUCAAAGACUUUAUUGAGAAGACGCCCCGCGUGUACAUGUACUUCAUCCAGAUGUUUGAGGAGAUCCCCCAGAAACACCCGUACCAGAGUGAUCCUACUGGUACACCUCAGUUGAGAGACUACGAGCAUAUGCUGCAGGUGCUCAAUCACAUUUUUAGCACGGCGCCAGAGUGGACGGAUGCGGCGGAGAGUGUGGGCAUGGUAGGUGUGCCGCUUUGUGCCAUCUUUGACUAUCCUAUGGGAACGCCUAGUGGUUAUGCGGCGUUUUUGGACCCUGAUGUGAAUCGGAUGCUGAAGAAGGUUCUCAACCACUGGGGCAAAUUUCUCAUGACACCUAAAUCGGCUGAAGUUCUGGGAGAUCACAAGCAGGGCUGGUUCGGACCCGUGGGUCUGAAUGACCUCGUCGAGGUCGCCAACAAGCCCAACAAAACGAACUUCAAGUUUGAGGAGGUCUUUGAGUGUGAUCCAUCAGCCAAAUACUACGGCUUCAAGUCCUGGGACGACUUUUUUACUCGCAAGGUUCGCGACAGCGCUCGUCCCGUUGCUUCACCAGAUGACGACCUCGUCAUCGCCAACUGCUGCGAAUCACGCGUCUACAACAUCGAACGCGACGUGAAACUCCGCGACCGUUUCUUCGCAAAGGGCCAACCUUACUCUAUCCUCGACAUGCUGGCUCAUGAUCCUCUGGCUGAGAAAUUCGCCGGCGGAACGAUCUACCAAGCCUUCCUGUCCGCUCUCUCCUAUCACCGCUGGCACACUCCCGUCUCCGGUAAGGUCGUACGUGCCUUCGUCCAAGACGGUACGUAUUUCAGCGAGCCUCUAUUCGAAGGUGUAGGCGAACCUGGAUCGACGGAGAUCUCGUCAGCGGGAUUGUCGCAGAGUCAGGGAUAUUUGAGUGCAUUGGCAACGAGGGCUAUCAUUCUGAUUGAGGCUGAUGAGCCGGCGAUCGGACUCCUUGCGUUUGUUGGUAUUGGUAUGGAUGAGGUUAGUACAUGUGAGAUUACCGUUAAGGAGGGACAGCACGUCAAGAAGGGACAGGAGACGGGCAUGUUCCACUUUGGAGGCUCGACGCAUUGUGUUAUCUUCCGCAAGGGCGUCAAGGUUGAGGGAUUUCCCGAGGUUGGUAGGGAGGAGAACGUGCCAGUUCGAAGCCAGCUGGCUGUCGUGAAGAAGUAAGACAGCUCCAGGUAAAUCGGGAGAUAGUUAAAACAGAAUGUAUUACGCUUCGUUUAUGCUGUCAUUAUUUAUUUCUUCGCAUCUUCCUUCAUACCAGACUGAACCCAAGCCUUGGACGCACUAGCCUUUGCCUCAAGUUCCUCCUCACUCAGCUUGGCCAGCUCAAACGCGGUGUGGCGCGUAGGAACAUGACGACCAGCCUCGAAACCAGGACGCUCAAGGAGCUUGUAGAGCCACUUCUCGAGGUGAGGGAACUCGGAGAGAUCAACGCCAGCCCAUUCUGUUGGGUGUUAGGAAACGGUGGUGGUGAUGUUGGGGAACAGAGAGACUUACUUGCGCUGGAGACCCAGCCCCAAAUGGAAAUGUCGGCGAUGGUUACUUUGUCGCCGACGAUGUAGCCGGAUGAUGUCUGGGCGAGGUGAGUGUCGAGGGUGCGGUAGAGACGGCGGGUCUCGUUGGUGUAGCGGUUGAUGCCGUACUCAAUCUUUUCGGGAGCAUAGCCUGCGCAUGUCAGUAUAGUAUCAUUAAUUGCAUGAGUGAGAAC